AUGGUACAACUUUCAGACUCGAGUCUCUUUAAAGGAACCCUCCUUGAUUCCUUCGAGAAAAAUGGAUAUGUAUCCGUCCCUCAACCUCCGCCUCAAAAUUUUUUUGAAAAGGCAAAAAAAUUAGUUUCUGACCACCCAAAAGCUACAAUCGGCGCAUUAACAGUGGGUGGUGCGGUAUUAGGUCCGUUGGGAUUUGUUGGUUUGGUAGGUGCGGCUGGAUUCGGCUCAGGUGGUAUUGCAGCAGGAUCACUUGCGGCAUGGAUGAUGUCAUUACAAGGUGGUGCUACUGCUGCGGGCAGUCUCGUAGCUAUUCUACAAUCAAUUGGCGCGGCUGGAUUAGGCAUGACAGGAACUUUAAUAACAAGUACAGCAGGUGCUACAGUCUUGGGAGCAUUAGCCAUGAAAUUAAAUGAAAAUCCUGAGGGAUUGGCUCAAUUAGAUAAUUUUGUUAAAAUCUAUGAUCAAAAUGGUGAAAAUAGUCAAUCUAUUGUGGUUUUCGAAAUGCGCAAUAAGCUUCUUAACAAUGACAAAGCGCUUGACGAUUUUCUUAAAAUAUUUGGUUUAACCAAAAAUAUAGUUAAGACAAAACAGUUCAGAUUCCUUAUGGAUGAGGCAUACUCUACUAGAGGCUUUAAUAUCUUGAAUAACAGAUUGGUAACAUCUUAUGGAAAAGAACAUGUUGAACAAAAGCAGCAAAGUAUUAUACUUAAUUUUGUUUGA